AUGCCCUCCGAGAGGCGCUGCUGGGAGACCCUGCAGGCGUUGCGCAGUUCAGACAAAGGUCGCCUCUGCUACCACCGCGACUGGCUCCUGCGGGGCGAGGAUGUUUUAGAAGGAUGUGUAUCCACCCCCCAGCUCUCUUCUUACGCUGGAUGGGUGGUAGAUCAUGUCCUACCCCACACGCAAGAGAACCUGUCUCCCUCUGAGAUGUCAGCCUCCUCGAGGUCCACUUCAGGCCUGGACCAACCUUCACUUGCCCCCAAGUCUCCCAUCAGAAGCCUUGCCUUCUCGCCAGCAUCCCCAGGAGCACCGGCAGCACCGGAUGGAACCAAGGGCAAACAUGAGUCCCAGCACACAGAACCGAUGCUACUUCAGUCUUCCAGGGGCAUCAAGGUGGAAGGCUGCAUCCGGAUGUACGAGCUGGUGCACAGGAUGAGGGGAACAGAAGGGCUGCGGCUGUGGCAGGAGGAGCAGGAGCGGAAGGUGCGGGCCCUCUCUGAGAUGGCGUCUGAGCAGCUGAAGCGCUUCGAUGAGCGGAAGGAGCUGAAGCAUCACAAGGAAUUCCAGGACUUGAGGGAAAUGAUGGAGAAGAGCUCUAGAGAAGCCCUGGGGCAGCAAGAGAAGCUGAGAGCUGAGCAUCGCCACAGAGCCAAGAUUCUCAACCUGAAGCUGUGGGAGGCGGAGCAGCAGCGCCUGAAGCAGGAGGAGCAGGAGCGGCUCCGCAGGGAGGAGGGCCAGGCCCGGCUCCGGAGCCUCUACGCCCUGCAGGAGGAGCUGCUGCACCUCAGCCAGCAGCUGGACUCCGCGGGCCAGCACCGGGACCUGCAGGUGGCCCUGCUGGCCCUGCGGAGCCGAGGCAACCAGCUGUGCGGCCUCAUCUCAGGGAUCAUCCGGACCACGUCGGAGAACGGCUUUCCCACGGCCGAGGACCAGGCUGUGGCUGAGAGGGCGCUGCAGGAGAUGCGGGAGCUCCUGGCGGACGCCAGGGCGUGUGAGGACAAGAGGCGGCAGGAGGAAGAGGAGGCCCAGGUGAAGCGGCAGGAGUCACAGCUGCAGCAGCGGCCGGAGGUCCGCAAAGAGUGCCCCGCUCCCAGCCCGCGCCCAGCAGGGAAGCGGAAUGAAGACCUCCAGGUAAAGGUACAAGACAGUACAAUGCAGUGGUACCAGCAGCUGCAGGAGGCCUCCCGUCAGUGUGUGCUGGCCUUCGAGGGACUGACCAGCAGCAAAGACAGUCAGGUCAAAAAGAUCAAGAUGGACCUCCAGAAGGCUGCCACCAUCCCAGUGAGCCAGAUCUCCACGAUCGCAGGCUCCAAGCUGAAGGAGAUCUUCGACAAGAUCCACAACCUACUCUCUGGAAAACCUGUUCAAUCUGGCGGGCGCUCCGUGUCCGUCACACUGAACCCGCAGGGCCUGGACUUCGUCCAGUACAAACUGGCGGAGAAGUUCGUGAGACAAGGCGAGGAGGAGGUGGCCUCCCACCACGAAGCGGCCUUCCCCAUCGCCGUGGUGGCGUCCGGCAUCUGGGAGCUGCACCCGAGGGUGGGGGACCUCAUUCUGGCCCACCUGCACAAGAACUGCCCGUACUCCGUGCCCUUCUACCCGGCCUUCCGGGAGGGCAUGGCCUUGGAAGACUAUCAGAGAAUGCUCGGCUACCAAGUGAAGGACUCCAAGGUGGAGCAGCAGGACAACUUUCUAAAGCGCAUGUCCGGGAUGAUGCGUCUCUAUGCCGCCAUCAUCCAGCUCCGGUGGCCGUAUGGAACACGGCAAGAGGUUCACCCUCACGGCUUAAACCAUGGCUGGCGCUGGUUGGCACAGAUACUCAACAUGGAGCCCCUGUCAGACGUGACAGCCACCCUCCUCUUUGACUUCUUGGAGGUGUGUGGGAAUGCCCUCAUGAAGCAGUAUCAGGCCCAGUUCUGGAAGAUGAUGCUUCUCAUCAAAGAGGACUACUUCCCCAGGAUUGAAGCCAUUACCAGCUCGGGGCAGAUGGGUUCCUUCAUCCGCCUCAAGCAGUUCUUGGAGAAAUGUCUGCAGCGCAAGGAGAUUCCUGUCCCCAAGGGCUUUCUGACUUCCUCCUUCUGGCGUUCCUGA